GGUGUGGCCUCUUUGUCUCUGUCCUAAUGAAGGAGGCGUGGCCUCCGUGUCCGUGAUGAACCACGAUACCUGUGGGGGAUAAAAUCCAAAUCUGGCAACACUUUAAUCUGUUUUAGUUUGAUACAAAACUGGUUUUAUAAUCACAGAGCAAACGCCAACAUAUUAUAGUUUAGUGGUUUAAUUUUAGAACAGAGGUCUGCACCUGCCACUGUCACUGCACACAGUGUGUGUGUGUGUGUGUGUGUGUGUGUGAGUGUGAUGGACACACAGUGUGAAACCCCCUCAGUGAAGGAACUGGAAAGGAUUCUGUAUGGAGGGAAACGGAGUGGAAAUCAUGUGGACGAGGUCUGGCCCAACCUGUUCCUGGGAGAUAUGUCGAUAGCUAACGAUCGCUACAGCCUGUGGAAGCUCGGGAUCUCACACGUGCUGAACGCCGCUCACGGGAAAGCGCACUGCCACGGCAGCCACGGGUUUUAUGGCUCGUCUGUGGAGUAUUACGGCGUUCCUGCAGACGAUUCUCCGUCCUUUAAUCUCUCUCAUUACUUCCAGCCAUGUGCAGACUACAUCCAUCAGGUGCUCAACUCUCCUGGAGCACGGUUGCUGGUGCAUUGUGCAGUAGGCGUGAGUCGCUCCGCUUCGUUGGUUCUCGCCUAUCUGAUGAUCCACCACCAGCUCCCCCUGCUGGACGCCAUCAACACGGUGAAACAGCGCAGAUGGAUUUUCCCAAACCGCGGAUUUCUCCGGCAGCUUCGAGCUCUCGAUAUCACACUGAGUAGUGUACAGCACACAGAGUCGAACCACGAUAGGAAGAGUUUACACUUCUGUACUGUUUCUCAUUAACACGACAAGCUGCGUU